AAUUAUAUGUCACGUAUACAAUUUCUUAGUGCAUGUGUAUCAACCAUCAAACUUGCAGAGUAUCAAAGCUUUUCUCCAAAUGAGAAAGCAAAAGGCUGGUGAGACAAGCGCCAAACAGGACCCAUGAGGGGAGAGAAGGAGAGAGAUCCGACAGAGAUGCAGGGAACGGAGAAGGAAGAGCAACUCCCAUACAUUGUUCCCCGCGGCGCAUUUUAGACGAGGGCCUUCUCACUCACCUCAUAUUUCCAGCAGAGAUCUGAAAAGAACCAGAUAAUUUAAUGGCGGGGCUGAUUAGCGCUCACAUCGCCCCAAAUCGUCUACCUCGUAGUCGUCAUCACUCCCCUCUUCCCCCUAUCUUCUCUCCUUGUUUAUCAAAGAAGUUGCAUAAAAUUCCUCUUGGGAUAAUGGGACAAUUCAAACCUCUCACCUCAGUGAUAACCUCAGCUCAACCUCAAGACAUUGCUGCUCCUACUUGCUUUGAUAACACUCUACCCACAAAAGAGGUGCUUGAGAUCUGGAGAAAUUGUGAAGCUGUCUGCUUUGAUGUGGAUAGCACUGUGUGCUUGGAUGAAGGCAUUGAUGAACUUGCAGAGUUCUGUGGUGCUGGAAAAGCUGUUGCAGAAUGGACUGCCAGGGCAAUGAGUGGAUCUGUUCCGUUUGAAGAGGCUCUAGCAGCUAGACUCUCUUUGUUUAACCCUUCGCUGUCCCAGCUCCAUGAUUUUCUUGAGAAGAGACCCCCCAGGUUGUCUCCAGGCAUAGCAGAUUUGAUCAAGAAGCUGAAGGCUAAGAAAACUGUUGUUUACCUGAUUUCUGGAGGCUUCCGUCAGAUGAUCCAACAAUUAUUCAUGAAGCCUGUGGCAUUACAACUUGGAAUCCCACCUGAGAACAUUUUUGCGAAUCAACUGCUGUUUGGAAGGUCUGGGGAGUUUUGUGGGUUUGAUAUAAAUGAGCCUACUUCAAGGAGUGGUGGGAAAGCUACCGCUGUUCAAAAUAUAAGAAAAGUGCAUGGUUACAAGGCUCUAGUCAUGAUUGGGGAUGGUGCAACUGAUUUGGAGGCUCGUAAACCAGGUGGUGCUGAUUUGUUUAUCUGUUAUGCUGGAGUUCAACUACGGGAGUCUGUCGCAGCCAAAGCUGAUUGGUUGGUUUUCCAAAUGCAGCAUUUGAUUACUUCCUUGGAAUAGUUUCUGGUCUGAUGCUAUUCCUUAUCGGUAUUUCUGUUUGGGCUCUUGGGGUUGCAUUGAACACCAAGAUUUUACAGUUGUUUUGCCUCCAACUCCAUAGUCUACUUGAGUUGGUUAAAGUACAUGUGGUCCUGAGGCAUCACUCAGGUUUGAGUCCCUGAGGACAGUUUCCGAGUUUCAUGAGGCGGUGGCCCUGAAAGUCUACCAAAUAAAGAAAAAAUAAAAGUAAAAAAGAAAAGAGAAAAAACAGAAGAAAAGAAAAGAUUUUACAGUUAUUUUUAUCAUUAAUUAAUAAAACUGUGUUCUCUGAUUUUUUAUUUUCAAAUAGCAAGUUUACUUUUUUUUUUUACAAGUGUUGGAGCAAUGAGCAUGCUAGCAUGUAAUCUAAAAGAAAUAAAUUAAUCGCAUUUUGGAGUAAUGAAACAUGAUCUGUAUCUUUGAUCUGGUUGGCCA